UCUCUGUAUUCUCUGACCGGGAGAGGAUGGUGUCCUCGCUCCAGGCGAUGUGGAUUUUCAAGGAUGGGGUGAUUCUGUUCUGCACACCGUUCCUCCUCCUCCCACUACCUCUGCUGAUCGGAACCACGGAGGCAGGCUGUGCCUAUGUGAUAGCCCUGAUGGCAGUGUACUGGUGUACUGAGGUACUGCCGCUGGCUGUGACUGCUCUCCUGCCCGCUGUCCUCUUCCCUUUGUUUGGCAUCAUGGAGUCCAAGCAGGUACGCUUCCCUCACACACGCACAAACACACAUGCUCACACUCAAAGACAAUCUCUCACGUGUGUGUAUCAGGUGUGUAUGCAGUACCUGAAGGACACCAACAUGCUGUUUGUUGGCGGGCUAAUGAUGGCUGUUGCCGUGGAGAAGUGGAAUCUUCACAAGCGCAUCGCCCUCAGAGUUCUACUCAUUGUGGGGAUGCGGCCUGCCCUUCUGAUGCUAGGGUUCAUGGGUGUGACAGCCUUCCUGUCCAUGUGGAUCAGUAACACAGCCACCACAGCUAUGAUGGUCCCCAUUGUCCAGGCCGUCCUGGAGCAGCUCAACGGCCCACGAAAGGGGGAGGACCCCCUGCCCACCCCUCAGAGCCAGGAGAAUGGUACGACUCCUGAGGAAAAUCUGGAGAACAGUUCGACCCCACAGGACACACUUAUGAUCCAGGACAAUCACAUCCCACUGGAGAAACUAGCCUCAGAAGAUAAACUGGACUCCCCAGACAAACCAGUUCCUCAGGACAACUCUCUGACUGAUGGGAAGCCAGUGAUGGUGUCCAUGGUCUUGAAGGAAGGGACUGAAGCAGAGGAGCAGGUUGGGGAGGAAGAGGAGGAGAAGGAGAGGAUGAAGAUGUGUAAAGGCCUGACGUUGUGUGUGUGUUACGCUGCCAGCAUCGGCGGCACUGCCACUCUAACUGGCACCGGACCCAACCUUGUCCUCACAGGGCAGAUGAGCCAACUCUUCCCUCAGAACGGUGACGUCAUUAACUUUGCCUCAUGGUUCGCCUUUGCCUUCCCCACCAUGCUGCUGAUGCUGACGCUGGCCUGGCUCUGGCUCCAGCUCGUCUUCAUCGGCUUCAAUCUGAAGCGUACAUGGGGAUGUGGUGCUGUGCAGUCAGAGAAGGAGUUUGCGGCAUAUGAUUUGAUCCGUGAGGAGCAUCGUCGUCUGGGGCCCAUGUCUUAUGGAGAGCUGAGUGUCCUGGGGCUCUUCAUCCUGCUGGUGGUGCUUUGGUUCACACGAAGCCCAGGCUUCAUCGAUGGAUGGGCAACCCACGUCUUCAAUGCCAAAGCACCGUUUGUAACUGAUGCCACAGUGGCGGUGUUUGUUGCCAUGCUGCUGUUCGUCUUGCCCUCUGAGCCCCCCCGCUACCUCUGCUUCUGGAGAACACAGAGAUUUGACACAGAGCCCCAGCCCACCCGCGGCCCCGCCCCUGCCCUGCUGACCUGGCAGGUGACCCAGAGGAAGAUGCCCUGGAGCAUUGUACUGUUGCUAGGAGGAGGCUUCGCACUGGCUAAGGGCAGCGAGGUGUCUGGUCUGUCGCGGUGGCUGGGUGAUCAGAUGAUGCCUCUCUGCUCCGUCCCUCCCUGGGCCAUCGCUGUCAUCCUCUGUCUCCUCAUCGCCACCUUCACUGAGUGUGCCAGCAACGUGGCUACCGCUACACUCUUCCUGCCCAUCCUCGCCUCCAUGUCCCAGUCCAUAGGGUUGAACCCACUGUAUGUGAUGGUACCCUGCACCCUCAGUGCAUCCUUUGCCUUCAUGCUGCCUGUGGCCACGCCUCCUAAUGCCAUCGUGUUCUCUUAUGGAUACCUGAAGGUGUCAGACAUGGCUAAAAUGGGUAUAGUGAUGAACAUCAUCGGGAUCCUGUGCAUCACUCUGGCCAUUAACAGCUGGGGUAGAGCUAUGUUCAACCUGGACACCUUCCCCUCCUGGGCCAACACCACCGCGAACAUCACUACAGGAGGAGGAGGGGGGAAAUGACCCCAAAUAUACCACCAUACGCCCCUGUACUGCCAUUGCACUGCUACCGAUGCCAAAAGGGGAUGAGGAAGGGGGAGUAUUACCAAGAGACCACAGAUCUUUCUCCAACAGCACUACAAGCCUCGCUGGGGCAACAGAAGGCUGGCCAUGAGAGCACUGUUAUGGUCUGGUGAACACAUGCGCACGCACACACACUGGAUAGUUUCCAGCUGUGCCAUCACCAUACCGGUUUAUUAUCAGUGUAUUUUCUACUGUUGGGGACUUAUUCUCAUAUUAUAUGGUUAUGACACUAGAGAGCCUUAGGGAACAGGGAUGAUAAAUAACUUGCAAAGCCAAGACAUGCUGUAAUACUGUAACUUAUAUUUGUAUUACUGACAAUAUUGUUAUAUCAAUUUAUAUUCUAUAAUUGUAAUAUAUUACCGGGAUCAUCAACUAAUUUUAGCUACUGGCUAAUUUUCUCUUGAGUGGAUGGUCAGGGGUCCAGAACAUAAUUACAAAUCAUUUGUAGACUACAAAUUGACUGCCCAAACAAAUAUAAUAUUUGAAUAAAACAUAAUCAUUGCAAACCUUGCUUACGUUUGUAUACGAUCACACAUAUCGCUCUAUUAUCCGUGGGAAUACUUUGGAACAGAUUUUCCUAAUUAAAAUCACUUGGAGCUGAUUUUCUGGCAUUUUCAGUCUUUUAUGUCCGACAAUCAAAAAAAUAAAAUAAUAAGUUUUGCACAGAAUUUGGAGGCCAAAUAAAAUAAUCUGCGGGCUGCCAGUUGGGGAACUCUGUUAGAUUACAUCAAUUAGGAUAAAUUAUUUUCAGUAAGUGUAAUUAAUUAGAUAUUUUGUAUAGUUAUCAAUGUAAAUGAUUGACUUUUGUAAGAGUUUAGAGUUGUUUUUUCCAUUCCAAUAACAACCUAUUUUAUCUAUUAUCUAUUGUACUGUAUGUGUUUAGUUGUUUUGCUGAAUAAAGCCUGGACUUUUGA